AAGGCAGCCCAAAAAAAAAGAGCAGCAGCACGCCCGAAGACGCUGCCCGCGGCGGCGCCGCGGCGCCGUUGUCCACCGCAACCGCACCAGCACACGAACCAUACCAUGGCCGCCGCCGCGACGCCGCCGAAGCGCAUGCCGCCGCCCGCAGCGGGCCCGGCGCGCGUCCUCGUCAAGCUCGUUACGGGCAGCCCCAUCGAGAUGUUCGUCACGUGCCCCGACCUGGACGUGCGGCCGCCGGACGUGAUCCAGUGUUUUCUGGAGAAGCUGCGGAGGACGCGCUUCGAGUCGUGUCGGCGGGUGUUGGACGCCAGGCAUUUAUCUUUGGUUGAUUGCCAUGGCGAUGCGUUAGCUGUAAGUCGUUCGUUGCGGGAAGCGCGCGUGAAGAGUGGAGACGCGCUGUUGCUGCUGCCUUCGGUAAGGCGCUUAAAAGCCCUCGCGUCGCCGACGGAGGUCGAAGAGGACAACGUGUGCUGGGUGCGGCUCCAGGACGCGACGUGGCGCCCGGGGCGCAUUGAAAGGGAGGAGAAGGAGCUGGUUUUUGUCCGGUGGAGCGCUUGCGGUCCAGAGGAGCCAGAAGUGGCCCAGGUCGAGAGGCCUCGGAUACGAAAAGACCGGCCGAACCGCAUGCUCGCGCCGCCGCCGGAACUGAAAGUCUCUUCCUCAAAGUUGCGGAGGGACGGGAGUUUGCGGGUCAAGGUGUCGUGGCGGCUCGGCGCGCCCGAGGAGGCGCUCGGGGUCCGGCUGGUCAUCGCUGCGAAGGACGUGCAAAGAGCGAAGCCGCCGCAGGUGUUGGAGUCCUUCGCUCAAGCUUUGUGCAAGAAGCGGCCGCGCUUGAAGUGGAGGGUCCAGUGGGAGUGCUUGCAGCUGUUUUCGGUCGACGGCACGCCUCUUCUAGAUGAUAUACCUCUGGUGGAGUCGUUGGCUCGCGUUUCGUCGGACGAGUUAUUAGCCUUACCUCGCAUCCGAUGCCUGAGCGAAGAGACUACAAAAAGUUCGUCGCCGCGAGGGUGGGUCGUCGACGACGGUGGGGCCUUAGCUGCUUGUAGGUUGUGCUCCGGCGGCAAGGUGGGCGGCGAUACGGUGCUCAUACGAACGGAUCGUAGAGUUGCGGGCGCGGCGCGCUACCGGCAGGUCAAACGGAGCCAAGUCUUGCUCGUCGACGACGUGUCGCGCCAGCUCUUCGCGACGGCCCAAAAAAAAGCUUCCAGAGACGACGACGAGGCCGUCAAAGUUCUUGAGGCGUUAAGAAGGAAAGAGCGCGCGAGAGACUUACAUGACAAGUCAAUCGUGAAAGCGGUCUUGCCCGAGUUCCGGAGAAAUGGCAAGUUAGUCAUAAGACCGCCGGACGUGAAGAAGGGCGCGUUCGUGGACUGCGUCUUCCCCCACCGGCAAUUAGGUAUAUCUCUCGCGCUGGUGCGGGACGCGUCGAGUGGACGGAGGUACGUUGGAUUAGAUAACGUGACUCCGAGCUGCCCGCCGCGCGUCGCUGUCGCUUUACGUAGAGGUGAUUUAUUGGUGCACGUGGACCAGGAGCCCGUGGACGCGUCCGACGAAGGCUACGAGCGGCUCGUAGCUAGAUUAAGGUGCGGUUCUCGGCCCGUGGUCCUCAAGUUCUGGAAAAGGUCGGAUGUGGAAUCUGUCGAGACAGAGGAAAUGCCCCUGACGAUCCAGGUGCCCGAAUUCCCAAAACCGCGGACGCUGCGGGCGGACGAACUGAGUCCGUCCUCGGACGUCGAGGAGUUCGACGCGGACGUGGACCUCGACGGGGACCACCGCGUCGACCUGGACGACGUGGGGCACGUCGUCGAUUUGGACGACCACCUGGCGCGGGCGACGGCGACGGUCGUCAUCUGAUUGUGUAAGGUACUUUGUGCUA